CUGUUACACCGAUAAGUCAGACACCCUCGUUCAUCGCUCUCGUUCUUUGUGAAACUACAAUUGUGCGCUUGAAUCACGAUGCAGAUCUUUGUGAAGACCCUGACUGGCAAGACCAUCACUCUGGAGGUGGAGGCCUCCGAUACCAUCGAGAACGUGAAGGCCAAAAUUCAAGAUAAGGAAGGAAUCCCUCCCGAUCAACAGCGUCUUAUCUUUGCUGGCAAGCAGUUGGAAGAUGGUCGCACCCUGUCCGACUACAACAUCCAGAAGGAGUCUACCCUCCACUUGGUGCUACGUCUGCGGGGUGGCCAGUGAUAAACAUGUUUCCUACGUUCCAUUGUUUACUUACAGUAAAAGGAUAUGCAAUAUUGAUUAUUUUGAAAUUAUGCGAGUCACGGAUAUGUAUAAGUGAUAUCUUUAGUUAGCUGAUACAGCUUUUGUGUAUGACAUGAAUUGAGUUUAUAUACGGAUCUCAUUAAACGACUUGAUUGA